UCCAUGCUGGUGAUCCUGCUGAACUGUGUCACUCUUGGGAUGUUCCAGCCCUGUGAGGACGUCAGCUGCCAGUCGGAGUGGUGCCGCAUCCUGCAGGUUUUGGACGACUGCAUCUUUGCUUUCUUCGCUGUGGAAAUGGUCAUCAAGAUGGUGGCCCUGGGAAUUUUUGGCCCGAAUUGUUACCUUGGGGACAAGUGGAACCAGCUUGACUUUGUCAUCGUCAUGGCAGGGGUGAUGGAGUAUUCUUUGGAUGGCCACAAUGCCAGUCUGUCAGCCAUUCGUACAGUCAGAGUCCUCAGGCCGCUGCGAGCCAUCAACAGAGUGCCAAGUAUGCGCAUCUUGGUCACACUGCUGUUGGACACCCUGCCCAUGCUGGGAAACGUCCUCCUCCUCUGCUUCUUUGUCUUCUUCAUUUUCGGCAUUGUGGGAGUCCAGCUGUGGGCGGGUCUACUGCGCAACCGCUGCUUCCUUCCAGAGAACUUCACAUCACUGUACAACUGGUCCAUGAAUCCUUACUACUUGUCCGAGGAGGGUGAAGACAGCCCAUUCAUCUGCUCAGGUCCGCGCGAGAACGGGAUGCAGCGCUGCGGAGCAGACUCGGUGCCGCCUACACCGAGGGCGGGGCAACUUGCUCAUUGGCCCCUUCCUACCAAAGUUCAGCUCUGAUUGGAUCAGCCCCAGCAAU